AUGAUACCAGAAAAUACAACAUUGAAAGUCACAGAUGACCAGGGGAUAGAGGUGGAUGAGGAUGUAUUUCCAGAACUUGCAACAACCAAAGAAAUGUGUUUUAUCAUCCACACUUAUGAUGAACUUCGGUUUGCUGAAACAUCCAAGAAUUCUGCUGACUUCUCAGACCUGACAGAGUUUGAUUUGACUGUCCUGCAGCAAGGGGUUGUUGAAGGACCCUCCUCCCCAAGUCUGACAGAUACAUUGUCUGUCUCAAGCAGUUCAAGCAGCAGUGUUUCUGGAUCUCAAAUGCUUCAACCUUUAACGGACAGUUUCAGUGCAAGAAAUAAUAUAAAGCAAAUUCUAAUUUCAAAGACAGCAGGGAUGACUGUGAUCAAAGAGUAUGAAGACACUGGGAGUUUGAAAGAUUCCACAAGGCGGUUAAUGGUGAACAUAAUUGUAGCUCACAUGCAUGAAAAAGAAGGGAGAGCUGUUAGUAAAGCAACAAAGGAGUUCCAUGCCCUUGGGAUUGUGUCCCUGUUCCCAUCUUUGAAAGACCCAUACUCUAAAAAAGGAUAUGAACAUUUCUAUGACAUUCAGAGCAACAAAGGCUUUCUUGAGUGGCGUAUAAAGACCGUGCAACGUAAAUCCAGAACCACCUCUGCAUCACAGAGCAGAGUGGAGCUAAAAGGAGGUCCCACAUUAUCAAGAACGAUUGGAACUAUAGAUGACCAGCGAAUGGGAGAUGAAUGUCUGGAAGCUGUGUCUCUCCUCAAUCACACAACUGACCGUGACUUAGUGUUCCAGAAGAUGAGAGAAACUUUCCACUACCGUCAGCAGAUUCUUCACAACCCACAGCGCUCAGCUGAUGUAUUACAAAUGUUUCCUCGUUUCUUGGACGUCAAAGGACUGAUUUUGCAAGACUUCUCACUAAUGUUUGGAGCAGAGGUUGCUUCAAGGUUUCUGGAAAAAUGGAACACCAGUUUCAAAGAAAAAGUCAUCCAGGAGGCCAGGAACCUUAAAGAGACUGCUCUCCUGAAACAGCAUCUGAAAGCUGUACUGAAAGAAGGAUCUGAUACUACUGAUGAUCCAGAAUGGGACAGUGACAUGGCUUCUCUAUUUGUCCUGCUUCAUCUUCUUACUCCACAACCAGCUGGAAGAAAGCGGCCCAAGAAGAUCAGUGUUGGAGAGGCAACACAUCAUCUGGUCAAAUUUCAUAAGGUUUGUUAA